CGGGAUGGGCCUCCAGGAGCUGGCGGUGUGGCUGCUGGCAGCGGCGGGGCUCGUCCGUGAGUCCCUGCAAGGAGAGUUCCAAAGGAAGCUUUACAAGGAGCUGCUGAAAAAUUACAAUCCAUUGGAGCGACCAGUUGCAAAUGAUUCCCAGCCACUCACUGUGUAUUUCACUCUCAGCCUCAUGCAGAUCAUGGAUGUGGAUGAAAAGAAUCAAGUAUUAACAACAAAUAUUUGGCUACAAAUGUACUGGACAGAUCAUUACCUACAGUGGAAUGUGUCUGAAUACCCUGGAGUGAAGAAUGUCCGCUUUCCUGAUGGACUGAUUUGGAAGCCUGAUAUUCUUCUCUAUAACAGUGCUGAUGAAAGAUUUGAUGCUACUUUUCACACUAAUGUUUUAGUCAAUUCUUCAGGACAUUGCCAAUACCUGCCACCAGGCAUAUUUAAGAGCUCAUGCUACAUAGAUGUGCGCUGGUUUCCAUUUGAUGUUCAGAAAUGCAAUCUGAAGUUUGGAUCCUGGACUUAUGGAGGCUGGUCCUUGGACUUACAAAUGCAAGAAGCAGAUAUAUCUGGCUAUAUUUCAAAUGGAGAAUGGGAUUUAGUAGGAGUUCCUGGGAAGAGAACUGAGAGCUUUUAUGAAUGUUGUAAAGAACCCUAUCCAGAUGUGACCUUUACAGUUACCAUGAGACGUAGGACACUUUAUUAUGGACUCAAUCUCCUUAUUCCUUGUGUCCUGAUAUCGGCACUCGCCUUGUUGGUUUUCCUGCUUCCAGCAGACUCGGGAGAAAAAAUCUCACUAGGUAUAACGGUUUUAUUGUCUCUCACUGUCUUCAUGCUGCUUGUGGCUGAAAUUAUGCCAGCAACCUCUGACUCUGUGCCCUUAAUUGCUCAGUAUUUUGCCAGCACUAUGAUUAUUGUUGGUCUUUCUGUGGUUGUCACUGUUAUUGUUCUACAAUACCACCAUCACGAUCCAGAUGGAGGAAAAAUGCCUAAAUGGACAAGAAUCAUCCUUCUGAACUGGUGUGCUUGGUUUCUGAGGAUGAAAAGACCAGGGGAAGAUAAAGUACGUCCUGCCUGUCAACAUAAACAGCGUCGCUGUAGCCUGUCUAGUGUGGAGAUGAACACUGUGAGUGGACAGCAAUCCAGUAAUGGUAAUAUGCUGUACAUUGGGUUCAGGGGGCUGGAAGGGGUGCACUGCACACCCACCACUGAUUCUGGCGUCAUCUGUGGGAGGAUGACCUGCUCACCAACAGAUGAAGAAAACCUGCUGCACAGUGGCCACCCCUCUGAAGGUGACCCAGAUUUGGCUAAGAUUUUGGAAGAGGUCAGGUACAUUGCAAACCGAUUCAGAGACCAGGAUGAAGAGGAAGCCAUUUGCAAUGAAUGGAAAUUUGCAGCCUCUGUAGUGGAUCGGCUCUGCUUGAUGGCCUUUUCAGUAUUCACAAUCAUUUGUACAAUUGGUAUUUUAAUGUCAGCACCAAACUUUGUAGAGGCUGUGUCUAAAGAUUUUGCCUAACUCCUAACUAAAACCUGCUUCUCUGAUUGGUAUGUAGCAAAUAAGAAUGUGGGGUCUUUUGAUUGCUUGUUUUUAAUGAGUAUAAUGCUUCUCAUUGUCUG